AUGCAUAGAUCGAAAGUACUUUUGAUAAGUAUAGAUAUUAUCAAAUCAAGACUGUCACCCAAACAUCUAUUAAAACCUCCAACAACAGUGCGUAUUUUUCAUAGGAAUGAGUAUUAUAGCGUUCAUGGGGCUGAUGCUACAACAGCUGCCAGAGAAGUAUUCUCAUCCACAUCGAACAUCAAGGGGAUGGGCAUCGAACCUAAUAAAUUAGACUAUUUGGUUCUAUCGAAAGGAAACUUUGAGAUACUCAUCAGGAAACUACUAUUGGUACGGAGAUACAGGGUCGAGAUAUAUGUGUCGGAGGGUUCAAUAAAGUCUUGUGAUUGGUCGCUGAAGUAUAAAGGUUCUCCUGGAUACCUGUCCCAAUUGGAGGAAAUUGUCGGCGAUGGUUUAGGAUCCGCCAAUGAGCAAUCUACAUGCUUGAUGGCAAUGAAUGUCAAGAACGACGCAAUCAGUAAGGGUCGCCUGGUGGGUAUAGCGUGCGUGUAUCAGAAUGAUUACACUUUAUCAGUGUCGGAGUUCACAGAUGACGUUGACUUCACUCAGCUAGAGUCGAUCGUGGUACAAGUGGCGCCCUCCGAGUGCGUGGUGGCGCUGGCUGAUAACGAUUAUAAAGCCCUAAAGAAGGUCAUGGAUAGAGCGAGUGUGACGGUAACGAAGGUCAAGAAGUCGGAAUUCACGACAGAAGGUCUUAUCCAGGAUUUGAACAGACUCCUCAAGUUUAAAGAGAACCAACAGAAAGACGCCAAUGGAUUCCAAGAAACUAAAUUAACAGUGGCAAUGAGUAGCCUAGCAGCGGCUAUCAGAUAUACCUCGUUAUUAAACGAUAGCACCAAUUUUGGAAGGUUCCGUAUAUCUUCAGUGAAGGCUGACUACCUUCAAUUGGAUUCCUCGGCCCUCUCAGCAUUGAAUGUGUUCCCUGAACUCGGAGACACAAACACUUCACCUACAAGGAGUCUCUACGGAUUACUAGAUAGAUGUAGGACACAGCAUGGGAAACGGUUGCAAUUACAUGAAGAUCAUUUGAGACGGAUGCCGGACUUACAAGCAUUGGCUCGGAGACUGGCUCGGAAGAAAGCUGGCUUACAAGACUGUUACAGAAUAUACCAGGCAAUAAACCGUAUUCCAGUUUUAUUGAAGUGUCUGUCUGAGGUCAACGACCCCACGAUACAUUCGGUGCUAUGUGAACCGAUUGCAGAACUUAACAACGACCUGGAAAAAUUCCAGCAGAUGAUUGAAACUACCAUUGACCUGGAAGCGGUUGACAGAGGUGAUUUUCUCGUAAAGCCAUCUUUCGAUGAAGAUUUACAAGUUUUAGCGAACGAUCUGGAAAAAUUACAAAACUCUGCUGAGAAAGAAUUAAACAAAGCUGCCAGAGAUCUGGGUAUGGAGGCCGGGAAAACUAUUAAACUGGAGAAUAAUACACAACAUGGCUUUGUAUUUAGGGUAACUCUAAAAGAAGAACAAAACCUUCGCAACAAGAAAUACACAAUAGUGGAUGCCAUUAAAGGCGGAGUUAGAUUCAGGAACAGUAGUUUAGGAGACAUCACUGAGAACUACCUACAGGCGAAAAUUACUUACGAAAAGGAACAGGAUAAAGUAGUCGCCGAAAUUAUUAAUAUAGCUUCCACUUAUUCAGAAUGCCUCUAUUGCCUCUCCAAUAUAAUAUCUAAGUUGGAUGUGCUAGUAUCGCUGUCUGUGGUAGCGAGUACAUCUUCAUCAAAAUACACUCGACCAAUUCUUACAACGAGUAUUCAAGAAUUAGUAUUGAAGGAUGUAAGGCAUCCGUGCCUUGAACUACAAGAAGGUGUCUCAUAUAUACCCAAUGAUGUUGUUCUCGAACGAGAUUCGAGUUUAAUGCACAUAGUGACUGGCGCUAACAUGGGCGGUAAAUCGACUUGGAUGAGGUCGUGUGGGGUCUCUGUAAUUCUAGCUCACGUGGGGUCAUACGUGCCCGCUGAAUACGCAAAGAUACCAAUACUAAGAUCUUUAUGCGCUAGAAUAGGUGCUAGCGAUAGAGAGGAAAAAGGACAAAGUACUUUCAUGCUGGAAAUGAUAGAAACCGCUGGGAUAUUGAGGAACGCUACAGCCGAUUCUCUAGUUCUGAUUGAUGAACUAGGUCGUGGAACUUCUACGUACGAGGGUUGCGGCAUCGCCUGGGCCAUCGCUGAAAAGCUGUCAAAGGAGGUCCAAUGUUUCUGCCUGUUCGCGACCCACUACCACGAGUUAACCCGCCUCGCGUCGUGUUGUUCCCGUGUCGUUAAUUCUCAAGCGUUAGCGGACGUAGUAGACGGGCGGCUCGUGUUGCUGCAUCGCGUGGUACGGGGGCCGGCCGCAAAAUCUCUUGGGCUGCACGUCGCUAGGAUAGCUGAUUUACCUGAAGAUAUACUACAGUUCGCAGAAGAAAAACAGGCUGAGUUAGAAACGGAUCUUUACGAAGUUGAAUCCGAAGUUAAAUCUGAGGAUACAUCCGAAGGACAGGAAAUGAUCAGAGAAUUUCUAAUAAAAUGCAAGCAAAUACAGGAAACAAACGAGUCUGAUGAAAAAAUGAUGGCUGAAAUAAAGAAGUUGAAACAAGAAAUGUUGCAGAAAAAUAGCAAAUAUGUGAACGCCUUGCUGAGCCAUUGA